CGCGUCCUCCUCCUGCGCCGCCUUCGCCGCUGCAGUUCCUGCGCCCGGGCAGCUUCGCCGGCACCAGCUCGGAGUGAGGGGCCGCCCUCCCGCCUCCUGCUGAGGAGGACGCUCCCCUCCUCCUCCUCCUCCGCGGCAGCAGGGAUGAAAGCGGACUCCCCUUGAGGCGCCGGCCGCCUCCUCCUCCUCCUCCUGGCGAUGCGCGCGCCCUUCCCGGGCAGGUAGGGCAGCAAUGGAAAACCCUGAAGUGGUGGUUGUAAGCAGCUGCAGUUCCCAUGAUGAUGAAAACGUCUACAGCUACAAGAGGCGCCCUUCAAUGUGUCAGGAGUUGCUUCUGGAAGAUCAGCUGAGAAGGAAACUUAAAUUUUUCUUCAUGAACCCCUGUGAAAAAUUCUGGGCCCGGGGGAGGAAGCCUUGGAAACUUGGGAUACAACUUCUGAAAAUUGCCAUGGUUACUAUCCAGCUGGUAGUGUUUGGGUUAAGCAACCAAAUGGUAGUGGAAUUUAAAGAGGAGAACACAGUGGCUUUUAAACAUCUCUUCCUGAAAGGCUACACGGACAGACUGGAUGACACCUAUGCAGUUUAUACGCAGAUGGAUGUCUAUGAUCAGAUCUAUUUCGCAAUAAAUCAGUAUUUACAGCUACGUACCAUAUCUGUUGGAAAUCACGCCUACGAGAAGAGAGGAGCCGAAGAGACACCGAUGGCCAUAUGCCAAUACUUCUACAAGCGAGGAACCAUUUGUCCUGGAAAUGACACUUUUGAUAUUGAUCCAGAAAUCGAAACUGAAUGCUUUUAUGUGGAACCCAUGCUGCCUUUGGAAAACAGGACACUGGGGAAGAAUGUUUUCAACUUCACUCUAGACUUCCAUAGACUUGUGACUCUGCAGCUCACGUUCAAACUGAAGGCUAUCAAUCUCCAGACGGUUCGUCAUCACGAACUACCAGAUUGCUAUGAUUUCACACUGACAAUAGUCUUUGAUAACAAAGCACACAGUGGAAGAAUCAAAAUUAGCCUAGACAACGAUAUUGCCAUUAAGGAAUGUAAAGACUGGCAUGUUUCUGGAUCACUACAGAAGAACACACACUACAUGAUGAUCUUUGACGCCUUUGUCAUAUUGACAUGUCUAGCAUCCCUGGUUCUCUGCACACGAUCUGUGAUUAAAGGAGUCCGUCUGCAGAGGGAAUUUGUAUCUUUCUUCCAACAACACUAUAAGAAAGAAGUCUCUUUCACGGAUCAGAUGGAAUUUGUGAAUGGCUGGUAUAUCAUGAUCAUAGUUAGUGAUGUUCUAACACUAAUUGGUUCUACGCUGAAGAUGGAGAUACAGGCUAAGAGUCUAACCAGCUACGAUGUCUGCAGCAUCCUCUUGGGAACCUCCACCAUGCUCGUCUGGCUUGGAGUGAUUCGCUACCUAGGCUUCUUUCAGAAGUACAAUCUGCUUAUUUUGACACUACGUGCGGCUUUGCCCAACGUCAUCCGAUUUUGCUGUUGUGCUGCUAUGAUUUAUCUGGGCUAUUGUUUCUGCGGCUGGAUUGUGCUGGGCCCAUAUCAUGUCAAGUUCCGUUCCUUGAACAUGGUUUCCGAAUGUCUCUUUUCGUUGAUAAACGGAGACGAUAUGUUUGCUACUUUUGCAAAGAUGCAGCAGAAAAGCUACUUGGUUUGGCUGUUUAGUCGGAUCUACCUCUACUCUUUCAUUAGCCUUUUUAUCUACAUGGUUCUGAGUCUCUUCAUUGCCCUCAUUACAGACACCUAUGAAACAGUUAAGCACUACCAGCAAGAAGGCUUUCCAGAGACAGAGCUCCGUGCAUUCGUAGCACAGUGCAAAGAUCUACCAAACUCUGGGAGAUACAGGAUAGAAGACGAAGGCCCUGUAACAAUCUUCUGCUGCUGUAAAAGGUCUUAAUGAGAAUAGCAAGAAUUCUUGAAUAUAUUCGGAGAUUCUUGGACGGCGCUCUCAUUACAGAUACUUAACUGAACCAUCAAAGAGAAAAUUCCUGUACACAAGGCACGAAACACCCAUGAAGGUCCUUGCAAGAUUAGCUAACUUUAAUUACUUCCUAGUGCAUUCAUUAGAACUUCAGCAAAAAUCAAAGCAGAAUUGCCUGGGUUUAGAAGCAUUGUUGAAUAUAGGCAUAUUACUAUCUUAGUCCUAUAGGCACCAUGUGUGAAUACUGUCCACUAAUGAUUAAGGACACUAGUUGUUUUUCAAAACUGCUUUGUUUGUUUUAGUUCUGUGUAUACAUCUGCAUUACAAGCUGAGGCAGUGGCCUUCUUGAUGCUGCCAAGGGAUCAGGGCCAACGUGAGGGUGCAGAGACUAUCAAAACUUGUAAAAACCUAAUGGGCUUCAGGAGGGCCUUUUUCAGAGGGAACUCACAGGAACUCAGUUCCAGCACCUCUCAGGUGGGA